GUGAAGCCACACAGGAGUAGCGCCCCCUAGCGUUGGUCGACAGCCGUUAACGAGAUAAGUGCCUGCCUGGGAGGGGAAGGAGAACAAACUGUAAGCUACCAGGGUAUCCAUCUUCGCCAAAAAAAAGGGGGGAAACUGCCCUUGUAUAGUAUCUCCCACUGAAACUGUACCAUUCGAGGCGGCGGGGAGCCCCGGGAAGGGUGUUUGUAGGAUGUCCCGACAUGAGGGUGUGAGCUGCGAUGCGUGUUUAAAGGGAAAUUUUCGAGGAAGGCGUUUCAAGUGUCUUAUCUGCUACGACUACGACCUCUGCGCGUCGUGCUACGAGAGUGGCGCCACGACGACGCGACACACCACAGAGCAUCCCAUGCAGUGUAUAUUAACCAGGGUAGACUAUGAUUUGUAUUAUGGCGGAGACACCUUCUCAGUAGAGCAGCCUCAGGCGUUUACAUGUCCUUACUGCGGGAAGAUGGGCUUCACAGAGACGUCCUUACAGGAGCACGUCACCUCCGAGCACGCCGAGACCUCAACUGAGGUGAUCUGUCCGAUAUGCGCUGCCUUGCCCGGGGGGGAUCCUAACCACGUCACAGAUGACUUCACAGCCCACCUCACACUCGAACAUCGAGCACCCAGAGAUCUAGUCCAAGACGAGUCCAGCAGUGUUCGGCACGUACGCAGGAUGUUCCACCCCGGGCGGGGACUCGGCGGGCCCCGAGCGCGGCGCACAAAUAUGCACUUUACUAGCGGCUCCACGGGGGGGCUUUCCUCCACGUCAACGCAGAGCUCCACCUUCACCCCUAGCAACAGAGAAGCCAUGGACCCCAUCGCAGAGUUGUUGUCACAGCUGUCAGGUGUGCGACGCGCGGCGGGCGGGCAGAUAAACUCGUCGGGGCCGUCGGCCCUGCAACUGCAGCAGCUCCAAAUGCAGCUGCACAUGGAGCGGCAGCAGGCGCAGGCGGCGCGGCAGCAGGUGGACACGGGCCGCCACGCCACUAGGCGCGGCAACAACACGGCCAACUCGGCCGCCGGUGCCGCCGUCAUCCCCCCGCCCAGCACGGCUGCCACCAACCCGGGCGCCACGACCGAAAGCAACCCAUUGUCGUCGUCGUCCCACAACUCCCAGUUCCUAUUAGCACGCUUGAAUGAGCCCAAGAUGUCGGAGGCCGAGCGUCAGUACCUGGAGGGCGAGCGCGCCGACCGCAGCCUCUUUGUCCAGGAGCUGCUCCUGUCCACACUGAUGCACGAGGAGAGCUCCUCCUCGGACGAGGACGAGCGGCGGGACUUCGCCGACUUCGGGGCCAUGGGCUGCGUGGACGUCAUGCCUUUAGACGUGGCGCUGGAGAACCUCCAGCUCCACGAGCGCGCCUCCGCGGGGAAGGAGCCUCCGCCGCCUCUUUGAUGUCCGGGUGUGGAGCAGACUGUGCCCCCCCACCUGCUGCAACUGUCAGUGAUGGACAGCAGCACCCCCCCCACACACCCUCCUCAAAAAUCCUUUCUCCCCCACGGUUUCUUUUUCAGUGAUUGUAAUUUCAGGCUGUCACCAUUUUUUUUUGUUUUUGUUCCAUGUAAGCAAAAAAGAGGCAGAGCAAUCAUCCGAGUGAGAGUAAAGACAUCUACAAAUCUAUAAAUCUAUAAAUAUAUAUUAAAUAUAUAUGAGGGUGAUAAUCAAUUUGCAUUCUCCUUUCUUCAUUAGUGAAAAUACGACAGGCAGCCUUCCUGUGACACGCCCCCUUUGGCCUCCUGGCCCCGCCUAUAAAUACUCCACACCCCCGACCAAGCUGCUGUGUGUGUUUCUGACUUCCAUCUAAUAAAAGUGCUUGGAUGGGUUACCUUAACUACUUAAAGCAUGCACUUCUUUGCAGCACGCAUGACAAGAUGUUUUUAUUGAGUUUUAAGAUCCUAGGCUCCAGCGCGACCCCGAAAGGGACAGCGGUAGAAAAUGGAUGGAUCCUAAAUCUGUUUUUAUUAUUUUUUCCAUUUCAUUUAACUGACACGGUAACUCCCGACACGUGUUGGCGGUGCCGGGAUGAAAGGAGUUGUGAUGAUGAAGAAAAGCCGCUCCUGACUACGCACAUCAGAUGGACGCUCGGAACUAAAAGUCCACAUGUUUGUUUAGCGAGUAGACGCCAUGUCUAUUAACACCUAGACCAAUGCUCUUACUCACAUUCUCUUUUUUUCUUUCCUUUUCAAAGGAUGAACCUUGGUUUGUUUCUGCUAAGGAUAGCACUUUGUAUUUAUUCAUGUUUGUUUUGGAGCCUUUUUACCAACCUCGCCACCUUCAUGCCUACUAUCGCCCUCCUGUGUACUAUAUGACAAGA